GGGGGCUCAUCACAUUAUGUAUUUAAAUAAACGGUUUGGGAAUCACAUUUUUAAUUAUCAGCUGUUACAAUUGUGAACACAGGGCAGCAGUGUUCCCUCAAGCAUCAAUGAGCAGCUUUGACUCACCGACAGUUUAUGGCAAUUAUGGAAACAAUUGAAUCUCAUUCUAUCACAUAACCUCUCUAAGACUCAUCGUGUAUCGUUAUUUUAAUGACCAUGCAUGUGGAAUUGAUUGCCGUGAAAUGAACUCAUGAAUACAGAAACGUGGAAGGAUGUAUCAGUGACUUCCAACAUGAGCCCUGUUACAUAAUCCUCCCUGAUCAGUGGACCUGAAACUCUCACUUUUCAUUGUGUUUUCCUGAGUGAAUUUGUGAUAUUAAGUAUUUUUUUUAAUGUAGCUUAAAAGUCAUCUUGCUUGUUAAAAUGUUCUGAGACUGGAAAGUAUCUCCUUGAUUUCCCCAUGAAUAUAGCCGAGGAACAGAGUGUGAAGCCCCUGUUGUUGUGCUGUGAGCCCCUCCCAGACUCACUGUACAACGGCUGAGUGUGACAUCCACACAGACUCAUUCCCACCGACCCUUCAAUGCUGGUAAAACUUGUAGUUUUCAAUUAUUUAUCGAUUCAAAAUGUUAGAUGCCUGAAUGUCACUUUUUUCAAUAAAAAAAAAAAACGCCAGCUCAGGAGGUGUAUGAAUAGCUUUCAUUUCUGCUCCAUCUUUUCCAGAGGAGAAAGACCCUGCACGCUGAAGGUAAGGCUGCAUUUCUAUCUACAGUGACAGUUUCCACAUUACUUGGUAAAUUUGGGAAAAUUAACCCAAGGGGUAUUUUUGGGAACAAAAUUAGAAAAAAAAACCUUUACUUUUCCACUUCUCAGUUCCACACUUGCCUGCUUUCACUCCACUUUUUAAUCUACUGUAUUUACUCAUGCAGCACAACUCUUCACACAAUUUGCUAAUUACAUAAUUUGUUUGUUGAAGUUUAAAAAGUACAAACAAAUUUAAGAAAAAUGUAUUUGUUUUCAUACACAUUUCAACUUCAAAACAUAAAAUGAAAACUUUUUCCACGUUCAGAUUGUGAUUUUAUAGAAUUUGAUGAGAUUCUGUUUUUGCUGUUUCACAGUUCAAAGCACUUAUUCGCUGUGUUUUUUAUAGUGUAAGAUGCAUCUGAUCAUUCUUUGUGGAAAUACAGCUGGAAAUAACAGUAAACAUGAAGAAAUUUGUCCUUAAAGUUCUUAGAUGCAUGCAGUUUUGAAAUGUAUAUUAAGUUUUUCCCCCCUAGUUAGAAAUUCAUUGGAAAGAAUCACAUUGUGUCAUUUUUGGCUACCUUGCUACAAUAAAUUAAAUAAUGCUGCACAUUUAGUGUUUUUAUAUUUUUUCAGACACAAUUAAUUUGCUAACGUGUAAACAGAUUAAAUAUUGUUUAUUUAUCCUUAGUUCAGCAAAAAAGUAGAAAAUGAAAUGUUUUGUUCUUGUGCAGUAUUUCUCUCUGCAGACUCUGACCUGACUGAAAAGCAUGACGCGAGCUGUGAAGCUUUUCUUCCUGUUCUGUCUCCUCCAAGGGGUCUGGUGCCAGCAGUGGGCGGUGGUCAUGCCCCAGACGGUGGAGGGCCUUGGCGGCUCCUGCGUGGUCGUCCCCUGCAGCUUCAGCAUCCCCCCCGAGUGGGAGGACGACCUGGACCAGUCGUGUAAAGCCAUCUGGAAAAGGGGGAGCUGGAGCCGCACGCAGGUGUUCGAUUCCAGCCUGACCGGAGCGAGCGCGAACCUGAAUAUCCUGCAGGGAGAGCUGAUCGGCAGCCUGCGGCAGAAGGACUGCUCCACCGUCUUCAACAACCUGCCGUCCAACCACUACGAUAACUACUACUUCAGACUGCAGUGUGACAACUCCCUCAAGUUCAAUUUUCAGAAAAGUGUCCAGAUCACCACUCAGAACUCGCUUCCCAGACCGACUGUAACUCCGUCCAGGCUGGAGGUAGAAGAAGGAGCACAGGUGACGGUGACCUGCUCGGCCGUGACUCCCUGCCCCGCCCUCCCUCCGGUUCUCGUCUGGAACCCCAGUUUGGGCGUUACUGAGGAAACUAAUGGAGCAAAAACUGUGACCUCUGUCCUGAACUUCACCGCUUCAUCCCUCCACGACGGACAGAAGCUCUCCUGCAGCGCCCUGUACACCCGGCAGGCCGGCAACACUCAGCUCCUGUAUGAAAGAACUCUGACUCUGCAGGUCUUCUAUCCUCCAGAUAACACAUCAGUCAGUCACUCUGGGCCGGUGACAGAGGGCAGCUCGGUGACCCUGAGCUGUAACGCUGAGGCUAACCCUGCAGUGGACAGCUACAGCUGGUACAACCCGGAUGGAGAGCAGGUGGGAACUAAGAAGAAGCUUUCGAUCACAGUUUCAGAAGCGGACAGCCAGUUUUACUGCAAAGCCAGCAACAAAUAUGGCGCCCAGAACUCCUCCAUCACUCAGAUAGAAGUGCAGUUCCCUCCAAAGGAAACUACCGUCGUCCUGGACCACGCUGGUCCCGUCGUGGAGGGCAGCUCAGUUUCUCUGCUCUGCAGGAGCCGAUCCAACCCGCCGGUCACCAACUACACCUGGUUCAGAGGCGAGGAGGAGGACAAAGAACCCGGAUCGGUCCUGGUUCUGACCGGUGUUGACGCCAGCCACAGUGGAGACUACCGCUGCACGGCCAAAAACCAGCUGGGAGAGGAAACGUCAGCGCCGGUUCAUCUGGACGUCCAGUAUCCUCCUAAAAACACCGCAGUGUCUGCAGCGCCCUCUGGUCCAGUGGAGGACGGCCACUCUCUGACCCUGACCUGCUCGAACUCCGCCAAUCCAGCAGCGGACAGUUUCACCUGGUUCCGGGUGGCGGGCCAUGAGAAGGAGGCGGUGGGCUCUGAGCGAGACUUCACCUUCAACGUGAGCAGACUGUCAGAGGAUGGGUUUUACUGCGAAGCCCUGAACGUCCAUGGGGCUGAAGUCUCCCAGACCGUCAGCGUUGAUGUUAUAUUCGCUCCGGAGAUCCUGCCUUCCUCCCGCUGUGUCAGGAUUUUAUCCCAGAUCCGCUGCUCCUGCGACAGCUACGCAAACCCGCCUCCCUCUUUAGAGUGGGAGCUGGCCGGAGAGGCCGUCAAUCACUCUGCCGACAUCCCGAUCAAGCAGGUGUCUCUGGGCGGCGCCGCCCUGAGGAGCCUGAUCACCCUGUACCGCGUGGACGAAGACGCGCCCUCGCUGGUCUGCCUCAGCUCCAACGCUCUGGGCUCCGACAGCCUGGCCUUCAACGUGUCGGCCAGCGAGACUCAGCUCGGCAUCCAUACCUUUUCCCUGCUGGUGGGCUCUGCGGUGGGGGCAGUGGGGAUGCUGGUGGUGUGCGUCCCCCUGCUCAUAUUCUUUUGCAGGAAAAAGAGAGGCAGCUUCUCACCUGACAAAGGAGUGGCGGACCCUUCAGGAGUAGUAGCUGCCAACGAGAUCAGCUCUUCACUGGUUUAUACCGAUAAAGCCAUUGUGGUGGAGAACGGGGUGCAUAAGGAGGAAGCUCUCCACCACGCUAAUGGAGACUUUAUUCCACUGCAUGAGAGCUUAGUGAGUGACCCCGCGGAGGGUGAGGUCAACGGCCAGGCCCCCGUGACACCCGACAUGCCGAAUGGUAACGUGCACCAAGAGGAAACUGUGGAAGACUCUCAUGUGGGACAAGAAGAAGAUGCCGGUGGUGCUGCUGCAGAGCAGGGCAGUGAAAGUGUGGCUGCUGAAGCUGAGGCCAGUUAGGAACUGAGUUCCACAGUCUUCCAGCUACGAGCGACGAGCAGAGGCCCAGUGAGAUGUUUUUAAUAUGCAGUAAUGGAGUUUAGAUUUGUGUUUUAGGUAACAGUUUUUUCAAGAGUAAGCGACUCCACAUGUGUGACUUUCAGUUUUGGAGUUGUCUCUUUAGAUUCUAUCUGUUAAUACUUGAAAAAAUGUUCCCCAAAAAAACAUAAUUCAAACAUUAUAUAGUGAAUUGAUUCAGAUAUCAGAACUAAUGUUGCAUUUUCCUCCCUAUAAAGGCCAUUUUUUUUCAGUUUGCCCUGUAUGUGCUUCAGUGCGAACAAAGUUUUUCAAGCAGAUGCUUGUUUAUUAUUUCACUGUUAACUUACAUUUUCUCCUGUCUUCAUUUGAACCAUUUGUGCAGAAUUAAAUAAGUGAAUACAGAGUUUGAGUAUUCAAUGUUUUUUUUUGUUUUUUUUUACUGUCUUUGUGUUUUUGUAAAACAUAAAUAAGUUUGAGCUUAUUAGAAAAAAAACAGUGCAAAUGCACUUGCAAAUACGAUGGUCAAACAAGAGCUGCUGUGAAAUGGAAGAGCUUUGAAAAGUGUGCACAUGCAUAAGGAGCAUGAGAAAGCGUUGCGUAACACAGCUCCAUUUGUUGCGUGCGUGACGU